CGAGAGAGAAACCGAGAAAGAGCUUGGGGUAAGGAUGUAUGUGCGUGCGUGUGGGGAAGCCGGAUCACUUGUGAAUGGCUUGAAAAAAAAUAAUUGGGGGAGGGCGUGGAGGGGGGGAAGCGGAAACUUUCCUAUAAAACUCAGCAAAAGUCCCUCCUCUCCACGUCAGGCCAAUGACACUGCUGCCCCCAAACUUUCCGCCAGCAGGAGCUAUAAGAACCUCCAAGACUUCAACUUUCUCCCAAUCCCAGACACCUCGAAGGGGCUCCAAGGAGGGAUCGGGAGGGAUAUUUUUUUUUUUGGUUGGCCUUUUUAUUUUUUUCCUCUUGGAUCCUGAUGCCAUCCCCCCUCCCCCCAAAGUGAGGUCCUCCCUCCUUCCUUCCCUCCUCCUUCUCCUCGCAGGCCAGCGAAGCAGCCGAUCAAGGGGGAGCUGGCGGGUUAGGUGCCCCCCUCUUCUCCCUGCCCUCCCCCCCCUCCCGGCCCGCUUCUCGCGUCUCCCCCCAGAGAUGAUGCAGCAGGACGAGUCAAACUCGCCAGUCUCCCCCGCCGACGACAGCUUGAGCAACAGCGAAGAGGAGCCGGACCGGCAGCAGCUGCCCAACAACAAGAGAGGGGGGCGCAAGCGCCGCUCCAGCCGCCGCAGCGCCGGCGGCGCCGUCGGGGCCGCGGACGAGCCCUGCAGCCCGGCCCAAGGCAAGCGGGGCAAGAAGUGCGGGGCGGGCGGCGGCGGGGGCGGCGGCAGCAGCAGCGGCGGCGGCAGCCCCCAGUCCUACGAGGAGCUGCAGACCCAGCGGGUCAUGGCCAACGUGCGGGAGCGGCAGCGCACGCAGUCGCUGAACGAAGCCUUCGCCGCCCUGCGGAAGAUCAUCCCCACGCUGCCCUCGGACAAGCUGAGCAAGAUCCAGACCCUCAAGCUGGCGGCCAGGUACAUCGACUUCCUCUACCAGGUCCUACAGAGCGACGAGCUGGACUCCAAGAUGGCAAGCUGCAGCUAUGUGGCCCACGAGCGGCUCAGCUACGCCUUCUCGGUGUGGAGAAUGGAGGGCGCCUGGUCCAUGUCCGCAUCCCACUAGCAGGCGGCGUGCCCCGCCCGCAUCCUCCCGGCAGGAGCCCUAGAUGACAUUGUUCCCACAGAAGGAGAGAAUGGACAAUCUAGAGACUCUGAAGUUGGAUACGAUUUUUUUGAUCUUGUCUAACAAAAAAUGUACCAAGGAUUUCUUGGAAAUUAGAAGAGUAAUACCCAAAUUCAAAGCAGGGCGUGGGGAGCACUUAAGGAAAGAAAGAGAGAAGGGCUUUGGACAGUGACUACCCUCUGGGCGUCGGUACAAUCCACACAUCUCUGCAUUCUGAUAGAAGUCUGAAUCGUUCGAUUAUUUUUUUUUUUUUUUAUUUUGACGAAGAAUGUUGGAAUUGAACUUUUUUUGAGAUUUUUUAUUUGUCCUUUUUUUUUCAUGCAUGCAUUCCCAAGAGGUCGUGCCUAUGAGCCGCUGAUGAAAGGAAAUACAUUAUUGCAUUAUUGUGGACUUUCUUCAUUCUUGAAUGAAACCAAGCAGCCAACCAAAAAUAUCCCUGUAGAGAUGAAAACUUUUUUUUUCUUUUUUUUUUUUUUUUUUUUUUUUUUUUUUUAGGGGGGAAUAAGCUGGGCUCAAGCUGUUAUAUACCCUGUUCCUAACUUUUUUAUUAUUAUUAUUUUUCCUCUGAGAAAAAAAAAAAUAAACAUUUUAUUUAUUUAUUGAUGACCCAUGUUAAAAUGCAAAUAGAUCCGGUGUCUAAAUGCAUUCCUAUUUUUAUGAUUGUUUUGUAAAUAUCAUUGUAUAUUAUUUUUCUGCAAUAAAUAAA